UAUCUAAUAAGCGGAAAAAACCCGACAUUGACCCCGUGAGAACAAGCUGGGAAGCAAAUUGGCGGGCAAAGCACUUACGAAGUUAAAAACCCUAGAAUUGCAGUGUUUCAUCUCCAACCUCAGAACCGAUUGAUCCAAUGGCGAAUCUCCCGAUCCUGCAAUUCGAAGAGCAAAUCGUAGAAACGGUGGAGCGGAACCCAGUGGUGGUAAUCAUAGGAGAAACGGGUUCAGGAAAGAGCACUCAGCUCUCGCAAAUACUCCACAAAAGAGGCUACACCAAAUCCGGUCGAGCCAUCGCCGUUACGCAGCCCCGCCGAGUAGCCGCAGUCUCCGUUUCAAGACGUGUUGCACAGGAGCUUGGUGUUCGGUUUGGGGAGGAAGUGGGCUACGCAAUUCGAUUUGAAGAUAGAACUUCAGAGAAGACAUGUAUCAAAUAUCUCACUGACGGUGUUCUUCUCCGUGAAAGCCUUUCAAACCCUGAGCUCAACCAGUAUUCUGUCAUUAUAUUAGACGAAGCCCAUGAAAGAAGUCUAAACACGGAUAUAUUGUUGGGGCUGAUGAAACGGUUGAUUAAAAUUCGUUCAACGAAUCUGAAGGUUUUAAUCACUUCGGCUACUCUUGAUGGUGAAAAAGUGUCAAGAUUCUUCUCCAAUUGUCCUAUACUCAAUGUUCCCGGGAAGUUAUUCCCCGUCGAGAUACGUUACAGCUCAGAACGCCCAACAAGUUAUCUUGAAUCUUCUUUGAAAACAGCCAUUGAAAUACAUGUUCGGGAACCAGAAGGUGAUAUCUUGAUAUUCAUGACUGGACAGGAUGACAUAGAGAAGUUGGUCAAGAAAUUGGAGGAGAGAGUUCAAAGCCUGGAGGAAGGGUCUUGCAUGGAUGCCGUAAUUCUUCCUCUUCAUGGAUCUUUGCCACCUGAAUUGCAGGUUCGUGUAUUCAGUCCUCCACCUCCAAAUUGCAGGCGAUUUAUUGUUGCUACGAACAUUGCCGAAACAUCUUUGACCGUUGAUGGCGUUGUGUAUGUUAUUGAUUCUGGUUAUGUGAAGCAACGACAAUACAACCCAUCUACUGGCAUGUAUUCCCUUGAUGUGGUCCCAAUAAGCAGGGUGCAAGCUGAUCAACGUGCAGGACGAGCUGGAAGAACACGUCCAGGGAAGUGCUACCGUUUAUACACAUCCACGGUUUACCAUGAAGAUUUAAUGGGUGCAACCGUCCCUGAAAUACAGCGGUCUUCUCUCGCUGGCACUGUUCUUUAUUUGAAAUCAUUGGACCUCCCUGAUAUUGAUAUUCUCAAAUUCGAUUUUCUCGAUCCUCCUUCGACUGAGGCGUUAGAAGAUGCUCUUAAGCAACUGUAUCUUAUUGAUGCUAUUGACGAAAAUGGAUCAAUUACAAGUAUUGGACAGACGAUGGCAGAGCUACCUUUGGAACCUUCACUCUCAAGAACCCUAAUCGAGGCAAAUGAGUAUGGUUGCUUAUCCCAAGCCUUGACUGUUGCUGCUAUGCUAUCAGCGGAAACCUCGUUGCUUCCUGGUCCAAGCAAGAGCACUGACAAGAAGAGGAAGCACGAACCUUCGGACCUUCCUGAUGGUUCUGGUUGGGGUGAUCACAUCCAAUUGCUUCAGAUAUAUGAGCUUUGGGAUCAGACAAAUUAUGAUGUGGAGUGGUGCAAAGAUAACAACUUACAGGUGCGAGGUAUGAAGUUUGUCAGAGAUGUCAGGAAACAGUUAUCUCAAAUUAUGCAGAAGAUAGCAAAAGGGUCCUUAGAUGUACUAACAAAUGGAAGACGGAAAGAAAGCCAGGAGGAUUAUAGAAACUUGAGGAAGUCUUUGUGCGUGGGAUAUGCAAACCAGCUUGCUGAGAGAAUGAUGCGUCACAAUGGUUACCGGACUCUUGGUUUUAAGCCCCAACUUGUUCAGGUGCAUCCGUCCUCUGUGCUGAAAACAGAUGAAGAGGGGAUGCUCCCAAAUUAUGUCGUCUACCAUGAACUUAUUUCUACCACGCGUCCUUUUAUGCGGAAUCUGUGUGCAGUAGAGAUGCGAUGGGUCAUGCCCAUCUUAAAGAAGCUUGAGAAACUAAACAUCACCAAACUCAGUGGUGGGUCUGUUCAGUCCGAAGAGCAAACCAAGGGAGAAAAUCCAAGUUUGCCAGAGAAAGAAGUCGGUGUUGCCACUCCUGAUGACCGUGAGAGCCGCAUACAAGCAGCACGGGAUCGUUUCCUCUCCCGCAAAACAAAGGGCUAGAGCACUGCAAAUUUGGAUCGGCUAAGUGGCUGGUGAACUCUCUCGGUAAAAAGCACGUUGUUGUAGAUGUGGCCGGAAUGAUGCCAUCUGAAGCUCCAUCUGUUAUGUUAGCCUCAUUAGUUGCAAAUGUAGGCUCCAAUUGUUUGGCAGAAAAGAGCCAAGUCCACAAUUACGAAGGGUAGCUCACAUGAAUCCGUACAGUUUUUGUCCGACAAGAAGUUUACUUAUUGAACCUGCGGGUUGUAUUACGUGCACUCGUAAACUUUAGUGUGUUCUUAGGAUGUAAACACUGGUUCUGUAUAUUUGGUUAAUUGGUGGAAGAACUUGUACAAAUUUAUCGAAGCUUCUCUUUCCCAAACAUAUUCAUGCAAUCGGAGUACGAUAUCCAUUU